AGGCAGCAAGGAUGACCCAUCGAGAUAAGCAGCAAGAAGAAACAGAGCAGCACUAGACCAUAAUUUUUAAAAACCACAACACUAACUGUUCUCAAUACCAUAUCCGUUUUAAAACAAGGUGGCAGGGGUUAAGUGGGAGAGGAGAAUGUUUCUGUCUCUUCCUACACUGACCGUCCUUAUCCCACUAAUUUCUCUCGCAGGUCUUUUCUAUGCGGCCUCUGUGGAAGAAAACUUCCCACAGGGCUGCACCAGCUCCACCAGCUUAUGCUUCUACAGCUUGCUCCUGCCCAUUACCAUACCAGUGUAUGUGUUCUUCCACCUCUGGACUUGGAUGGGGAUUAAACUCUUCAGGCAUAACUAAGGGAGCCAGAGCCAAGGUGGUGUAUAGAUUCGUGAUAUGUCUAGGGCAUCCAUCUCCGCAAGCUCAACUAGGUGGAAAUGCUGGAGACACACUGCGUUUGCAGGAAGGAUGCUUUGCCUCGCUUCUCAGGAUUGGGCCUACAAGAGACUUAAGCUGCAGAAGCUUCUUUUAUUGUACUCUAAUUCUAACAGCCCUUGUGUUUCCAAGGUUCUGACAUAACUGCUGUGUCAGAAGGAACCUUGUAACAGAGUGUCUUGUUGGAAGGUAACAACCCUAAUGCACAUCUGGUGACCACUUCUUACCCCAUUCAUCUAAAAGUUAGCCAUUUGUAAUUCUGUUUGUUUAGCUUCAAGCUUGUUGGUAAAGUGACAUGGUAGGGAUGACCGAAAUAAUCUCAAAGGACCUGUGUUGAUGUAGUUAUAGAGAAAUGCAUUUAAACUGGUGUGACAUAAAACUGUAUAAUAAACUGGAAAUUUCAUUUACUUAAAAAUC